AGAUCUUGCCACGUCGGUGAGUUGGAAUAAAGCAAGAAGAUAAACAAACUAAAAAAGAGUGGCUUUUUCUUUCUCUGGCUCUGAAUAUACAUUACUAACUACGAACAGUUCGGGUGCUGGGAGUUUUUUAUUCUUUUUGAAACGAGCCUUGAUUUUAUUUAAAGACUACUGUUUGUUAUAUUAUUAAAGUAGAUUGCUUUAUUCUGAUUAAUCAAACAAAAAAGCUUGUGUUUUUUUGUGGGCAAGAUAUUUAUUUAUUUUUUAUUUUUUUUCCUGAAAAAUAUAGUAGGGAAUAUAUGAGGCUACGGAUCCUCCUGAGGGGUACACAGUGUUUGGUUUGAAAAGGGUAUUUUUCCUUUUGUGUGUGUGGUUGUGUCUUCACCUUGGUCUAGCAGGGAUAGGAAGACCCUCUUAUGGUUCUACUGCUACCCAUUUUCAUUCUAUCUCUACCAUAAAAAUGUCCUGUUCUAAGUUUUAGGAAGAGUUUAUCUUGUGGGUAAUUGUUGGUGUUGAUGAUCCUGUUUUUGGGCUGUACGUGGUCGGGAAUCGUUUAUUGUUUUGAAAAACUGAAUGUGAAUUCUUAGUGGGGUUUUGGAGAUUUAGCUUGGUUUUUGAGAAAUUGACACCAGAUAUAUUUUUUUUCUUGGGUUUGUUCAUGGUGGAUUACUUGCUUUGGUAACCGAGCUGAAAUUCCAUAAUCUGUCUACUUCUGUCACCGGAAGUAGAAUUAUGCCAUUGCAGGUGGGAAGCCAAGUUCUUGACGAGAGGCUUUUGUUGGACUCUUUUUCGUUGUUUUGAAUUGAGUUUUCGAUGAUUCCUUGGUGAUGAUGGAGCUUGGAGUGUGUACACAGACAAGUCCAAAAGGUUCUUCAUUUAUUGGAUGAUAUGCAGGUUUGAACCUUCUUAUAGAUGGAUAGCAAUGGAGGGAUCCACUGAGUCUACUCGUAUGAAAUCUAGCAGUUCUAGGGAAUUGAACGCCUCCAGGGUUUCUAACCUCGAUUUGAGGCUUCCACAAGGUGGUGGAACUGGUUUAUCUGGUGUUGUAUUGAAUGACACUAGCCAUAGAGAGGGAGAUGAUAACAGGGUUUCGUUUGCUCACAAUGAUUACGUUCAAAACCAGGGUGGUUUAUCUGGUGUUUGUGAGGAUGAGGUAGCAGUGGACCCUUACGUUCGUGCCAUUGAAUGGGGUGAUAUCAGCUUGAGGCAAUGGUUAGAUAAACCAGAACGCUCAGUUGAUGUCUUUGAAUGCUUACACAUAUUUAGACAAAUAGUGGGGAUUGUGAAUGUUGCUCAUUCUCAAGGAAUCGUUGUCAAUAAUGUUCGACCUUCUUGCUUUGUUAUGUCUUCUUUCAACCUUGUCUCCUUCAUUGAGUCUGCAUCUUGUUCUGAUUCCGGGUCUGAUAAUCUCGAGGAUGGCUCGAACAGCCCCACUCCUGAACCAAAAACUUCAUCCACAUCCUUGCCUGAUGAUGACUUGUGUACACAGAAAAGAAACCCGGGCAGUGAAGAUCUUCAGCCAAUGAAGGCUUCAGCGAACGCCUUCUCAGAAACAAGUUGCAUGCAGUCAAGCUCAACCUAUGCACCCCGUGAAUCAUUGGUUGUGGAAACUGAAGAAAAUAGAAACAAAGAUAGGAGGAGUGCUGAAGUAGAAGAGAAAAAACAACCAUUUCCAAUGAAACAUGUAUUGCUUAUGGAGACUAAUUGGUACACUAGUCCUGAAGAGGCUACUGGUGCUUCAAGUUCAUGUGCUUCUGACAUUUACAGACUUGGGGUUCUUCUUUUUGAGUUAUUCUGUCCAUCGAGUUCGAGAGAAGAAAAAAGUAGAACAAUGUCUAGUCUAAGGCAUCGAGUUCUUCCUGCUCAGUUGCUACUGAAAUGGCCGAAAGAAGCUUCAUUUUGCUUAUGGCUACUACAUCCUGAACCAACUAGUAGGCCAAAAAUGGGGGAAUUGUUACAAAGUGAGUUCUUAAAUGAGCCACGAGAUGACUUAGAAGAACGUGAAGCAGCCAUAGAGCUCAGGGAGCAAAUAGAGGAGCAAGAACUGUUGUUGGAGUUUCUUCUACUAAUUCAACAAAGAAAGCUAGAGGCUGCGGAUAAGUUGCAAAAUACUCUUUCCUUCCUGUGUUCUGAUAUUGAAGAAGUUACGAAGCAACAAUCAAUUUUGAAGAAAAAAGGCGGUUCAUGUCCUGAUCUAGUGAAGGAAGAUAACUCAACAUCAAGUCUCCCUUCAAUGAAUAUUGUUAUUAAUGAUGAUUCUACUAGCUUGGGAUCCAGAAAAAGAUUCAGACCAGGAUUAAGGAAUCUUCAGUUGGAGGAAUGUGAUGAUAAUAUUGAUGGUGAGCAAAAGUCAGACAGUGAAGAUCAAGAUAACAUUCUUUUAAAAAAUUCUCGAUUGAUGAAGAACUUCAAAAAGCUAGAGUCUGCAUAUUUUUCAACAAGAUGCAGGCCUGCCAAGCUAGCAGGGAAACAUGUGAUUAGACAAACUCCAAUAAGUAGUGAUGGUAAGGGUUCUGCUAUUGUAAGUGAAAGAAGUUUUGUCAAUAAUUUGACAUCAAAAGAUAGGAGCUAUGAGAGAAGACAAAGUGGUUGGAUAAAUCCUUUCUUGGAAGGUUUGUGCAAGUAUCUAUCUUUCAGUAAAUUGAAAGUCAAAGCAGAUUUAAAGCAAGGGGAUCUUCUAAAUUCUUCAAACCUAGUAUGCUCCCUCAGCUUUGAUCGUGAUGGGGAAUUGUUUGCCACAGCUGGUGUUAAUAAGAAAAUUAAAGUUUUUGAAUGCAACACAAUUAUAAACGAGGAUCGUGAUAUUCACUAUCCAGUGGUGGAAAUAGCUACUAGGUCGAAGCUUAGUAGUAUAUGCUGGAAUAGCUAUAUAAAAAGUCAGAUUGCUUCAAGUAACUUUGAAGGUGUGGUUCAGUUAUGGGACGUGACGAGGAGUCAAGUGCAAAUGGAGAUGAGAGAGCACGAGAGGCGUGUGUGGUCAAUUGACUUUUCCUCGGCAGAUCCAACAUUGUUGGCCAGCGGAAGUGAUGAUGGUUCUGUUAAGCUAUGGAGUAUCAAUCAGGGGGUGAGCAUUGGUACAAUCAGAACAAAGGCUAAUGUCUGCUGCGUUCAGUUUCCCUUGGACUCUGGUCGUUCCAUAGCGUUUGGUUCAGCAGAUCAUAAAAUUUAUUACUAUGAUCUGCGCAAUGCAAAGGUUCCUCUCUGCACAUUAGUAGGACACAAUAAGACUGUGAGUUAUGUCAAGUUUGUAGAUAGUACAAAUAUUGUGUCGGCAUCCACUGAUAACUCAUUGAAGCUUUGGGAUUUGUCGGCGUGUACAUCUCGUGUUAUUGACACUCCAGUUCAUUCCUUCACAGGUCACGUGAAUGUAAAGAACUUUGUGGGAUUGUCAGUUUUUGAUGGUUACAUUGCUACUGGCUCGGAGACAAAUGAGGUUUUUAUCUACCACAAAGCUUUCCCCAUGCCAGCAUUACAAUUCCAGUUCAACAACUUCGACCCACAUUCUGGCAACGAAAUGGACAAAACCAACCAGUUUAUUUCCUCUGUUUGUUGGCGCGGCCAGUCCAACACUUUAGUUGCAGCAAAUUCGGCAGGGAACAUUAAACUUCUGGAGAUGGUUUGAUUGUGAACUUUGGCAAUUGAUGAUUGAUUCAUGAUCUGGACAUAGCAUGGAUAGGGAAUUGUUUAUUGAACAGGAAAAUGAUGUAAUGCAAUCUUAUACCAGACAACCUUAUGUAGCUUUUAGGCGAGGUAAGAGAUGAAGCCGAUGAACGCCUACAGAAGUGGAAGUUUUCGAAGCAACAUAACAAAAAUUUUGGUAUUAGAUUAUAGCGGAUUUGGAUGCUGUGAUGAGUGAGGACAUUCUUGUUUAAAAAAAUCCUGUAGAUAUAAUUCAAAGGAAAAGAGAAAGGUAAAAAUGUGUGGUAUUUAAUUUCCGAACAUAAAACUAUACGGUUCAAAUUUGGUUUAUACAAUAUGAACAUAAUUGGCAAA